CGCACGCUCAGCUGUAAGAGGGUCGCGACGUCAUUUGUUUAGGCAGCAAGCUGCCCUGAACGGUUUCUUGGUACUUUUACAAGAGAAAUUCAACCGUUUUACAUAUUAUCUCCCAAACAGCAAAUAUGUCAUCGCCACUAUCAAAGCCUCAGAUUAUUGUGCAUAUUCAGAAGAGUUUGAACUACACCGUUUUUGACAGUAAAUGGAUUCCCUGCAGCGCGAAGUUUGUCUGCCUGGGGAACUUUCCUAGAGGAACCGGAGUAAUGCAAAUAUAUGAAGUGCAGCACGGAGAGGCUCAGCUUAUUAAGGAGGUAGAGAAACCUAAACCCAUAAAGUGUGGGACAUUUGGGGCCACCUCUCUUCAACAAAGACACAUAGCAACUGGGGAUUUUGAUGGAAAUCUCAAUAUAUGGAAUCUGGAGAUGCCUGAAGUGCCAGUGUACACUGUAAAGGCCCACAAAGAGAUAGUGAAUAGCAUCGAUGGUGUUGGCGGCCUGGGGAUUGGCGAUGGCGCACCUGAGAUAGUCACUGGAAGUAGAGAUGGGACAGUAAAGGUGUGGGAUCCUAGACAGAAGGAUUCACCUGUAGCCAACAUGGAGCCCAUGGAAGGAGAAACCAAGAGGGACUGCUGGACUGUUGCAUUUGGUCAUGCCUUCAAUGAUCAGGACCGCUGUGUGUGUGCUGGCUAUGACAAUGGCGACAUCAAACUCUUUGACCUGCGGAAUAUGUCUCUACGGUGGGAAACCAACAUUAAAAAUGGGGUGUGCUGUGUGGAGUUUGACAGGAAAGACAUCAACAUGAACAAGCUGGUGGCCACCUCACUGGAGGGAAAAUUCCACGUCUUUGACAUGAGGACCCAGCACCUCACCAAGGGUUUCGCCUCCGUUUCCGAAAAGGCUCAUAAAUCAACCAUCUGGCAGGUGAGGCAUUUGCCUCAAAACAGAGACAUCUUUAUGAGUACAGGGGGAGCAGGCAGCUUACAUCUAUGGAAAUAUGAGUAUCCCGCUCAGAGAAGCAAGAAGGACUCAGAUGGCGGGGAUGUGGGCGUAGCCGGCUCUGUCAACCUCUUACAGAACGUCACUCUGUCCACUCAGCCAAUUGCCAGCCUGGACUGGAGCCCCGACAAGCAGGGCCUGUGUGUGUGUUCAGGCUUUGACCAGUCUGUCCGUGUGCUCAUUGUCACCAAACUCAACGUGGUGUGAAAAAGCAGACCACAACAAAGACUGAUAAUGAAGAUCUGUGCAGCCUGAUACAAAAUGAGACACAGCUGCAGAUGCACCAGUAGGGUGUAAAUCACUGCCCUUUUGUGAGGCUGAAUGAUAUUUUAUUAGAAGAGAACAAUUUCCUACUGUGGACCUUGGUGGCUGUCUAUCUAGAUUUUGUACAAUUGAUACUCAUCUCUAGACUUAUCUUGCCAGAAAACCAUUUAACUCACAUGAAGUGGGAAAUCCUAUGUUGGGGUUAUGUUGUUUUGUGUCUAUCCCUGAAAAUGCUAUCCCUGAAAAAUAUGUAGUGCUUGGCUGAGUCCUGCAGGCAAUGUUAUCCUGUAGUGCAGAGGAAUACCACUGUAACACAAUGAUACAUUUCCCGUAAUAUUGAAAAGCCUCUAUUGGGAUGAAGAAAUGAGUCAUAUAGCCUCUGGCUUGGAAUAACAUGUUGGGGAUCAAGAUUUAAUUUCUUUAUUUCCAUCUUUGUAGGAUGCUCACUGUCUUUUGUUGCACUAUUGGUGAAUGCUGUUGUACUCCAGUUUUGUCUAUUGUUAAAGUUGUCACUUUUGAUAUGUAAUUUCUAUUGAGAACUCUGUGUUUUCAAAUUAAAUGUGCCUUUGGAGAAAAAGAUAAA